AUGUAGUACCCUAUAGAACAAGGGCAUUCCCACGGGACACACUCCCUGCAGAGCAAAACAGCUGUGAGAGGAUAACUCAGUUGCUCAACCAAUAUGUAUGAGAAGCAACAGGCGCCAGUGCCUCUCCUACCUUGCUUCAUCUCCAUUUCUGUAAUCUUGAGUGUGUGUUUUCCCUUGAAUGUUGAGUGUGGGUGCAGCAGAAGCCCAGUCAUAUUCAACAUGGGCGACUCCAACUCUGAUACGGGCGGCUUCUAUUCUGGGCUUGGAAUCAUCAUGCCACCCCCUGAAGGGCGUGCCUUCUUUCACAAGUUCGCUGGCAGAUUAUCCGAUGGAAGAUUGAUCAUUGAUUUUCUCUGUGAAAAUUUGAAUACGAAUUAUUUGACGCCAUACCUAGAAUCACUGGGCCCAAAUUUCUCAAAUGGAGCUAAUUUUGCAAUAAGUGGCUCAAGAACUCUACCCAGAUAUGAUCCUUUUAGUUUAGGCGUUCAAGGUCGCCAGCUCUUUCGAUUUCAAACUCGAUCCAUUGAGCUCACAUCAAAAGGUGUCAAAGGUUUGAUCGGGGAAGAGGACUUCAAAAAUGCGCUUUAUAUGAUAGACAUUGGACAAAAUGAUCUUGUUGGACCAUUCAGUUACCUGCCAUAUCCACAAGUCAUUGAAAAAAUUCCAACUUUUAUUGCGGAAAUCAAAUUUGCUAUUUUGAGCAUAUAUCAACAUGGUGGGAAGAAAUUCUGGGUACAUAAUACAGGGCCCUUCGGUUGUUUGCCUCAACAACUUGCUACAACCAGCAAAAACGCCAGUGACAUCGACCAGUAUGGAUGCCUUCAAUCUAGAAAUGAUGGAGCAAGAGAGUUUAAUAAGCAAUUAAAAGCUUUGUGUGAAGAACUAAGAGAUGAAAUCAAGGAUGCCACCAUUGUAUAUGUUGAUAUAUUCGCCAUCAAGUAUGAUCUCAUUGCUAAUUCCACACUAUAUGGUUUCGAGAAUCCGUUGAUGGCAUGCUGUGGGUAUGGAGGGCCACCAUACAAUUUUGAUCCCAAAUUUCAAUGCACCGCUCCUGGAUCCAAUGUUUGUGAGGAAGGAUCAAAAUAUAUAAGCUGGGAUGGAGUUCACUAUACUGAAGCUGCCAAUGCAUUUGUGGCUUCAAAAAUAGUCUCUACAGAUUACUCCUCUCCACCCCUAAAGUUUGAUUUCUUCUGUAAAACUUAGUUGACAUGAAUUUAUGUAGCCAUUUUGAUCUGCAAGUUGAAAUAAGAUAGUUAAUAUAUCGUCCUAUGGGGCCGACUUUGAAGUGCUCCUUUCUUUA